GUUAGAAGUUAUGAAUCAUUGACAGAGGCUGAAUUGCAGGUGUGAGAUUUGAUGGAUAGUUCAGUAGCAGUUUUGGAGCAAAGUGUGAUGAACAUUGAAGGUAUCUGCUUGACAUGGAAGGAUGUAUGGGUAACUGCUUCCAACAGAAAGAAUGGAAGCAGAUCAAUUCUUGAGGGUCUUACUGGUUAUGCUAAACCAGGGCAACUCUUGGCAAUUAUGGGUCCUUCUGGCUGUGGCAAAUCUACACUACUUGAUACUUUAGCAGGGAGAUUAGGUUCAAAGAUGAGGCAAAGUGGGGACAUUCUGAUCAAUGGUCACAAGCAAACAUUGACUUAUGGAACCUCAGCAUAUGUGACACAAGAUGAUACCUUGUUGACAACCUUAACGGUUGGAGAAGCUGUUCACUAUUCAGCUCAACUCCAGUUACCUGACACCAUGUCAAAACAAGAGAAGAAAGAGAGAGCAGACUUUACAAUCAGAGAAAUGGGUCUUCAAGAUGCCAUUAACACAAGAAUUGGAGGAUGGGGUGUUAAAGGGAUUAGUGGGGGUCAGAAAAGGAGGGUUAGCAUCUGCAUAGAGAUCCUAACACGACCGAAACUUCUCUUUCUUGAUGAACCAACUAGUGGACUUGAUAGUGCAGCUUCCUAUUAUGUCAUCAAAAGAAUCGCUUCCCUUGCUCAAAAUGAUCACAUUAAGAGGACUGUUAUAGCAUCAAUUCAUCAACCUAGUACUGAAGUUUUUCAACUCUUCAAUAACCUUUGUCUUUUGUCUUCGGGUAAAACGGUUUACUUUGGACCUGCUUCUGCUGCAAGUGAGUUUUUCGCUUCGUAUGGCUAUCCUUGUCCCCCUCUCAUGAAUCCUUCUGAUCAUUUACUGAAAACUAUAAACAAGGAUUUCGAUCAGGACAUUGAGGUGGGUUUAGCUGGAACUACAAACCUACCCACAGAAGAAGUAAUUCACAUCCUUGUGAACUCAUACAAAUGCUCUGAGAGGAAUCAAGAAGUUCAAAGUGAAGUAGCUUUACUAUCUGAGAAGAAGAAAAGUUCAUUGGAUGUGAAGAGAGGGCACGCUGGCUUCCUUAAUCAGUGCUUUGCUCUUACCAAAAGAUCGUUCAUCAACAUGUUUCGCGAUCUCGGCUAUUAUUGGUUGCGCCUUGUCAUAUAUAUUGCAUUGGGUAUAAGUUUAGCCACUGUUUUCCAUAAUUUGGGCACAAGUUAUGACUCCAUUAAGGAUCGAGGUUCUCUUGUUGCAUUCAUAAAUGGAUUCCUCACUUUCAUGACCAUUGGUGGAUUCCCUUCCUUUGUGGAAGUCAUGAAGGUAUUUCAACGAGAAAGAGAAAACGGGCAUUAUGGUGUCACUGCAUUUGUGAUUGCAAACACCUUAUCAUCUAUUCCAUUCUUGUUAUUGGUUACAUUAAUUCCUGGGGUUAUAGCUUAUUACCUUCCUGGUCUUCAGAAUGGAUUGGAACAUUUCGUGUAUUUCAUUUGUGUUUUGUUUUCUAGUCUGAUGUUAGUGGAGAGUCUUAUGAUGAUAGUUGCGAGCAUUGUUCCCAACUAUCUAAUGGGCAUCAUAACUGGUGCUGGAAUUCAAGGAGUCAUGCUUUUACUCAGUGGCUUCUUUAAGUUGCCAAACGAUAUUCCCAAGCCAGUUUGGAAAUACCCUUUACACUACAUUGCUUUUCAUACCUUUGCCAACCAAGGAAUGUUCAAGAACGAGUAUGAAGGACUAAGAUUUGAUGCCAAAAAUGAUGGAGGAAGCUCACACAGUUACAUCACUGGUGAAGAGGUUUUGAGAAAUGUGUGGCAAGUUGACAUGAGUUACUCAAAGUGGGUUAAUCUUGCAAUCUUGAUGGGGAUGAUUGUUCUGUAUCGAGUAUUGUUUUUGGUUAUUAUCAAGAUUGAAGAGAAGUUGAAGACCCUUGUUGUUCCACUAUCUUCCAAGAGAUCAACACAAAUCAUGGAAAACCCCAACGCCACUCCCUCACAUUAACAAAAUACUUUGCUCUAAAUGUUAUUACUUUUUCCACAAAUUUUAAUUGUAAUGAAUCGACUUAUUAGAUAGGCACGUGUGGUGUGUAACAUAUGAUAAUUAGUUAUAUGAUUUUUAAGUGUGUUUUGGAUUUGGCUUUGAUCACCUACAUCCAAUUAUUUAGGCAAUUGUAACACUUUAAAUUCAUACAACUUGAUUUUAUGACACCAGUCAAAAAUAAAGGACAAAUUAUGUCACAGUUU